CCUGACAGUUAGAGCGCUCAAGGUCUUUCCCGAGCGUACUCUCCGUAAAUGAACUGCUUACCCCGGCAAAACACCGUGACACAGCAAGCUCGCCCCACAUUACCUGCGCCUGAGCCCAGGAGAGUACCUGACACUGGAGAAAAGGGUUGUAAUUGUACUUGAAAAAGGAAAGCGAGGGUUGUUAUGAUGCGCCCCGGGUACUGUAGCAACCGGCGCCUCGGCUCGGACUGAUCGUUGAAAACAGACAGCCCAAAUCUUAUCGCCCGUUCUCAAGGUAAGCGGAAAACAACUUCGAGCGGAGGAGAGAAAUUCCCACCCCCGGUCAGGUUCACUUUCAUCCGCUCAUUUAUGGACGACGCGCAUAGAAGCGUGACUGAUCUGAGCAUACGGUGGGACAGAAUAAAGCUCUGGUGAGCAGAAGGCUGGCGGCGUGCAUUUUCCGAAAACUUUUCUCGUUGACGUUUAUUAAGUGCCGCCUAUGCGUCUCCAUCUCAGCGCUCGUUUAGUUAUUUUUGCUUACACGCUUUCGUGCUACGCAGCUCUUUCGUGACCGUCUGACUGGAACUUUUUAAGGAUCUGUUGACGAACUUGUUGCGGUGAGUCCCCUUUAAACCCUCACGGCCUGCGUCUAGCCUGCUCUGUUCUAGAUCAUGGAGGUUCAGGGGGAGGCUUGCGAGCCCCCAAACGCGGUUUUCCGCGAACCGUACCAAAGCGUAUUUCAAAACGUGCGCGUCGCGAGAGCGGGCAACCCCGACAAUCUGGACUUUUAUAGCUCCGAGAAGUGCGGCUGCCUGCGGGAGACCGCGUCGAGGGAAAUGCGUUUAAGCAAGCUGUCCCCCGGCAAAGGGAUAAUAUGCUGCCCCGAGAAAGAUUGCGAGAGUGCGAGUUCAGUGAUGCAGGCGGCGGGGAGCCGUGUUCCUUUUCUCAAGAGUUCAACAGGAAGCAAAAGCGACUCGUCUCUGUCUUUUGGCGGCUCGGGCCGCGCAGACGCCACCGUAAGCAGCGGCUGUCGCGCAGGUUUCCUUUGGGGCGCCGAGAGCGGACAGAAGGGCUGCUCUGCGGCUGAAGUUCACGCGCGCGAGUUGGGCUCGGACCGUGACGCAAGUGUGGCGAGUAGUAGUCGUGCGUGCACCACCAACAACAGCACCAGCACCAGCACCAGCACCACCAACAGCAGCAGCAGCAGCAGCAGCAUCUCGGAGACAGCGCGAGAGCUGUGCAAAGCCGUGUCCGUGUCUUUGGGCUUAGCUAUGGAGUCCAGCGAACUAGGUGAGGUGGGACCGCACCACGCGCCGCCGCCCCUAACCACUGAAAGUAGUACUGAGGAAAUCUAUUUGUCUGGAAUGCCUUUGCUUAACUGCUCAGUGAGCGAAAGAGAGGCAGGAGGGAAAGACAGAGAGUACGCUCUCGCGGCGGGACGAGACAGAGACGCAGAGCUGCGAGGCAGGGACAAAGUGCUCGGGAUGUUUAAAAGUGGCGACUUGGAGCAGCUAGCAGGUGAUGUGACGACCUUGCAAUGCAACAGCACGUCUCGAUCACACUUAACCGCAGACGUGCAGGAGGCGCACGAGUUCGCCAGCCUGUCGGGGGACAUCGCCAACAUGAGUUCAGCGACGACAGCGCCGGACAUGGACGCAACGCGAGCGGCUUCUUGUCAGUACGAACAACUGUUGCCCCACAGCAUGACCCAUUUCGUGCACCCGGAGCUCGAAAACGGACCGAGCCAGAGCUUCGCGAAGCCCGCGGAGAUGUCCGGCGAGUUCGCGGCGCCCCCGGAGGAUUACGUGAAUCUCUAUAAUGUCAAAAUCAAGGCAGAGAUGAUGCCCCGUGAACUGGAUAACGCCUGGGCGUACCCGCAUAGGUACGCCGAGGACAGCAACGGCCAGUACGGUCCUCCCAAACAGAGGACCCCUUACGCAUCUGGUCACGAAACGCCUUUUAUCUGUAACCCCUACGAGUACGGCCGAAGCGAGGCUCUGGUUCCGCGGGAGCGUCCUCCGCCCGAACAGUGGUACCCCGGCGGGAUGUUGACCCGUCCCCCUUACCCUAACGUGCCCUGCUUGAAAAACGAGAUGGGCAAGUGGCUGGAUGUAACACCGUUUACGGAUGGCAGGUUUGAUGGAGGGAGGAGUGACAUUUUCCCGAUGGAGUUUUUCCUUCCUCCACAAAGGACAUGCCUAAUCUGCUCUGAUGAAGCAUCUGGAUGUCACUAUGGAGCCCUCACUUGUGGAAGCUGCAAAGUGUUCUUUAAGAGAGCUGCUGAGGGGAAGCAGAAGUAUCUGUGCGCUAGCAGGAAUGACUGCACCAUAGAUAAACUGAGGAGGAAGAACUGCCCAUCCUGCCGUCUGAAGAAGUGUUUUGAGGCUGGGAUGACCCUUGGAGCCCGCAAGCUGAGGAAGAUCGGACAGAUAAAAGGUCCCGAGGAGGUCGGCCCCAUUCAGGGCCCUUCAGAGGCAAUCCAGUGCCUGUCGCCCAAGCCGAGCCUGACGUUCCACUCACAGUUGAUCUUCCUGAACAUCCUGGAGGCUAUCGAGCCCGAGGUGGUGAACGCCGGCCAUGAUCACGCUCAGCCUGACUCGGCAGCUGCUCUCCUGACCAGCCUUAACGAGCUGGGAGAGAGGCAACUUGUCAAGGUGGUGAAAUGGGCCAAAGGACUUCCAGGUUUCCGUAACCUUCAUGUGGAUGAUCAGAUGACAGUCAUACAACACACCUGGAUGGGAGUGAUGGUCUUUGCUCUGGGUUGGAGGUCCUACAAGAACGCCAAUGCGCGGAUGCUGUACUUUGCGCCGGACCUGGUCUUCAAUGACCGUAGGAUGCAUAUCUCCAGCAUGUACGAGCACUGUGUUCAGAUGAAGCACCUCUCGCAGGAGUUUGUGCUGCUGCAGGUCACACAGGAAGAGUUCCUUUGCAUGAAGGCCCUCCUCCUUUUCAGCAUCAUUCCAGUGGAGGGGCUGAAGAGUCAGAAGUAUUUUGAUGAGCUGCGUCUGACAUAUAUAAACGAGCUUGAUCGUUUAAUCAACUAUGGCAGGAAGACAAACUGCGCCAUGCGCUUCCAGCAGUUGACCCGAUUGAUGGACUCUCUGCAACCAAUUGUUCAGAAGUUGCACCAGUUCACCUUUGACCUCUUUGUCCAAGCUCGGUCCUUGCCCACAAAGGUCAGCUUUCCCGAAAUGAUUGCAGAAAUAAUCUCGGUCCAGGUGCCAAAGAUCCUCGCCGGCCUGUCUAAACCAAUCCUGUUUCACAAAUGACAAGACUACGCCCCUGAACCACUGAUCCAUACCGACCCCACCCCGGCCAUAUGAGCCAGUGAGUUUGGCCUGAUCCAGUUUGAUCCAGCCUAAACCAGCCUGCGACGCUUUUAAUCUGGACUCGACACGAGCGACAAGACUAAACGAUACUGAUUUUUUUGACUUUCCAUUUUUUUAAAUUCUCCUCUUCUCUUCUACCCUCCCUCCCUUUCUAUAUCAGUCUCGUCUCUCUCUCUCCUUUUGAAAAAUGGCCCUGAAAAGUAGCGGGACCAUUACAUCAUUACAGUUGUCUAUCUUCUCCUCAGAGAUCAUUUGAGCUCAUUUUCUCAAACUGACAGCAUGGUGUGAAGCAGGUUUUAUUCUUUCUUUCGACCAGCAGUUAUCCUUCAAGAGUUACAACGUGUUGCCUGGUGGACAGGUUGGAGAAAAAAAAUCACACUGAAGUUUAAUCUGAGCCCUUAAUCAAAAAAGAAAAGGGCAUUACGCAGAUCUCUGUUGGAGUCUGUGACACCUCCACUCUCUAUGCAUCGCAGGAUAGAAAGGUUUCAAUGCAAAGCAGCAUGCAUAGAGAAAUACAUGUGAACGUGACAAAAACCAUGACAGAAUCUCUUCGCUUGUGACUUUUACUCUUGUUAGUUAGAACAACACGCUACUAAAUACAGUAUUGUAGUAUUACGACAGUUUGGAUUUUAGUACAGCAGGCUGGCUAUCAGUCUUCUCCCUGCUCUGUUAGUUUAUUGAUUGUAAAACAAGUGCUUCAUUCAUUUCUUAUGAAAUGUGGAGGCUCUUUAUAAAAGCUUUUUAAAAGGCAUCAUUCAUUUGGGAUCAGACAAUUUGUGACUUUUUCAUUUGACUGAAAAUCUGUCACAGUUGCGUUUUGCUACCAAGAACAAAAGGACAGCACAAAAAAAAAAAAAAAAAAAAAAAAAAAAAAGUUUUUUUUUUUUUUUCUUCACAGUCAUCAAGACUUGCCUCCUCCAGACAGCAGACUUUUGUUAAGACGGGAUUCAGUGCCCUCUAUUGCAACCUGGAUAAUUAAGUGCAGGUUUAAGGGUAAAUUGUUGACAGUUUGUACAUAGAACACAAAUAGAGCAACACUUGAUUGUCAGCCUGGACGAUCUUCGAAUAUAUACACACAAACAUAUAUAUAAAUCUAUGCAUGCUGUCUUCAUAUCCAUCAACAAAACAACAAACAAAUAACUGCAUGCUAAAGCCCUGGAUAUUCAAACAAACCAAACUGCAUUUCCAGUAAGCUAAAUGGAUAUUGUUAGGAAACUGGACGUUUCCCAUAAAGCUCUUAUGAAGUUACUCUCUCUCUCUCUCUCUCUGAUUCACUGUCCGUAAUGGAAGAUUUGGCAAGGUAAUGUUCUUGUAUAUACAUGUAAAAGUUAAGCGUGGUUCUUUUUAACAUUUCUGUGCUAAUGUAUGGAUGUAGUCAAUAGUUUCACAGUGCAGUUUCCUCUCUUUCCUUUAUAACAAGUGCCACCGAGGGAUUUGUAUUUCUCUGUGCUAGCAGUAUGUAAUAACAUGCUUAACACACUCUUUUAAGGAGCACUUUUAGAAUACCAAAACAUGCUUCAAAUGGUGCACAGCUUAAAAAAAAAAGAAUAAAAAUUAAAUAAAAAAAGCUAUGCCUAUGUUCUAACACAGGGCAGUACUGUUAUUUUAUCAGAAACUCGUACCAAAUAUCUUAAUCAUCAUCAACGACAAGCGGUGCUAAAGCUCUCCUCUUUAUUUACGAGGGUGUAAACAGGACAGUACACACAAAAAUGAGAACUGUCAUUUACCCAAGUUCUCCCAAACCUGCAGACUACGCGUUAUUUCUUUUGUUGGACACAAAAGAAAAUUAAAACUUUCUGGUGGCCACUGACUUGCACAGAAUGGGGAAAAAAACCUACCGCUUGCUGUUUGGUGACCAGCGUUCUUCAAAAUAUCUCAAGUCUUCAAUAAAGAAACUCUUACAGGUUUGGGAGAACUUGAGGUUGAGUUAAUGAUGACAGAUAAUCAUUUUUGGCUGAACUCUUGCUCUAAACAAAAGACAAAAAAACACGGCAUAUGUAUUUUUUUUUAAAACCGCUUUCGCUUCAAUUAAAGCAUUCUGUAUUUAUCUGUCAGAAAGGAACAUCUUUACUCGCUUUCCUCAUACUCCGGUGCAGCGCGUUUUUCUAGACGUCUUGUCAACUUUUUUCCUCCUCAUGCUAUCCGUUUCUAAAUGAUUGAAUAAUGCUUGCAGCGUUAUGUAUGUAGAUUACUCUUUAAAGAGCCCCCAAAAUUGCGGCACUGUGUUGUCUUUGUCAGGCCUGGGGUGACCUGGGGUGUACUUUCGGCAGAGCAGGGAGUUUUCCGCCGAGUUAAAACGACGAGAUGCGGUUUAGCUGCUCGAGCUCUUGUCGCCGCGGAGCAUGUUGACGGUUUAAAUGUGCCAGGCAGAGAAUAGGCUGUCAGAGACAGCUCCUCUGCGCUGACAGCACCGAGCACCGCGCAAUUACACGCAGGUGUUUACCCAUUUAGAUGGCCCAAAAGCGCUCAUUAGAAUUUGCAGAACUCCAAACUGCACUUUUACCUUGCCAAAAAAAAGAACUCAUGACUUUCACCACAAACAUGUAACGCUUUAGGACAGAGCCGAAGCCAAGGUCUGAACACAAAGCCGUUCCUUACCCGGCGGACUUUCGGAGGGGGCACUUGCAUGUAAACACCGACGUAGUCCAUUCACACUCGCCUUUGCCAGAGACGCUGUCUUAUAAUUGUCUGUUUACAAUGAAACGUUUGUAAUACGUCAGUUAGCGACACUCUGACGUAACACCUCUCUCGGCUCGCGCCGCGCUCGCGAGACCGACUCUCGCUUGGAUGAUCCAUACGCAGAUUUGUGACUUUCUUAACACGUCUCUUAUGAGCCUACGAUGUAGAACGUUGCGUGUUGGUUUUCAAUUAAAGUCUUAGGAUUUACUGUUACUGUGUGUGUGCAGUGUGGUCAACCAAUAGCAAAAGCAUAUGUGUGUGUGUUUAUAUGCGCUCUUGUAAAUCUGUUAGCGGCCUCUGCUUAGCUGCCCUCAAAGGAGCAAACAGGGAAGAAAGCAAUAAGACAUUUUUGGGGUCUUUUGCUAAAUAUUGAAUUUGGCCUGCGUUUUAAAAAAAAAAGAAAAAAAAAAGAAAAAAAAAAAAAAAAAAGUUUGCUUGGAUCCUACUAAUGUUUGUGCUCUCACACGAACAAGAAAACCUGGAGUCUUAAUAACAGUCUGCAUGUCACUGGGAUGCUUCCUGUGGUUAUAAAUUGGUCUUUCAGUGCAAAAAUCUUGCCGAACAAUGUCUCACUGAUAUAUUUUCCCCAGCAAUGAGGGAAGUAAUUUCUCACGCUUUCUAAUGUGUGUAUUACUGCGAAGCAUCUUGACAUAAAGUUGUAUGUUAAACUGAGAGCGCCACACUGGUUUACAGACACUCAAUGUGCUAAUGCAUCCAUAUGAAUCGUUUGCAGGCUCAGCUGUGUCUAUUUUCUGUCCUGUUUCAGCUUUGUAAACUCCCAUAUAUGUAACAAUGACAUGAUUUUUGAACCCUUCGCUGGCUGAUACGAGCAAUUACACGACUAAUCAUUGGCGAAUGCUUUUUUACAGCUUUUUCUCUGGUGUGAAUAAUUCCUGUCUUUUCCUGGUGUUAUGGGAUAUUUUUCGCUUUUCCAUAUGCAGAAGGAGGAGCUAGAUAGUUUGGCUUUAUAUGACUAGAAGAGGAAAUUCUGGCUUCUUAAAUGAUGUUUGUUACUUAAAUCUUUGUAACUUUCUAGUCUUUUUUUACAGCAGUUGCGUGAGUGUGUGUGUGUGUGUGUGUGUGUGUCUGUGCAUGCACGCUUUUUCGCAGAUUAUUUAGUACUGAUAUGUAGUGUUGUAUUGACAGUUGUUAUCUGACGAUUUCUUUCGAGCAGUUUGAGAACCGAUUUCUACUCGUAUGGAAAAUCGCUUAUCUGAUUCCUGUUGUGUAAUGCCUGUGUAAAUCGGGUUCGUUUGUGUUUUACAGCUUUCAAUUCAACAAUAAUAAUAAUAAUAAAAAACAUUUGAAAAUCUU